GGCCCGCCCAACCUAUCGUUUCGGUUUCGAGAUACCGAAUCUAUCACCCACCCUAGCAGGUCAAGGAUCCCAUUUCACUGGGUUAUACAAGAACAGUACUCAAUGAGAUCGUUCGGACCAGGUUUGACUUGGUUUUCGACCGGCAGAGGACAUGGGUCCUUCCAAUUCGACCGGACACGUCGCAGCAUUUACACAAGCUGGCCAUACAUCAGCCAUUGGCCAUGAAUAGCGAUGAUGACAUGCCCACUGGAGAAGGCUCGAGCUGUUCGUCCUCAGACUUUGAUGCCUUGCGUCCAGUGGUUUUGUCGAACGAUUCCCCGCGGAAGGAACUCGAUGAGAAGGACCUCAAUGCCGCAAGCAGUACCGGACCGCCACGCUCGUCCACCGCAGCCUCGGUGGAUGCGGAGGAAGACGCUGAGGUGAACUUUGAGUCGCUUCCGGGCUACAGGAAGGAUCCAUGCAACUGCUGCCUCUUCUUUACCACCCCCUACAGUUGCCAAAAAGGAGCAAGCUGCAGGUAUUGUCAUCAUGAGCCAGAUGAGCAGCUCAACCCGCCGAACAGCCGACCGCGGAAGGUGCGGCGGGAAAGGUGCAAGCGUCGGCUUCAGUAUCUCAACAGCCUCUUGACCAUAAAUCAAGGACCUGAAGAGGUCCGCGAUGCUUUGCAGGUUGAAGCACAGAAGCAUGUGUAUACUCGUACGAUUGCGCAGAGCUUGGUCACAGAGCAUCUUCGCAGGCAGGGUGCCUCACCUGCGCAGCUGCCGGUCUCGACAUCAAUGUGUCGAGCAUCGAUAAGAUUCUCCUUGUGAGCCGUCCGCGAUGGGGUGCCAAGUCCAGGCCUGUGUGCCGGAAAUUGGCACUGAUUGCUACUCGUACAUAUCACAUUGUCCGGGCAGCGAAUCAAGAGGCUGGCCCGUCGUGAUUUAAGUGUUUAAAACUCACGCACCCUUGCCUUUCAGAGGCAUGAAUUCCCUCCUUCGUUUGCUGCUUUUGAUUGAGUGUGUGAACUGUUUGAAGUGGCAGAAGCUCUUCUCACUGUGCGAUUAGCACGUCGUGCGUCCUAGGACGAGAGAUGAGAGAAGCGUCGACUACCAGGCUGCAAUGAAUGCAACAUACAAAGGCUCUCCUUGAAACGAAUCAACCAGGGCUGUCUCAAAAAGGAGGUGGGCCCCCUGGCUUUUGGGUUGCGCCCAAACAUUGGGCGAGUUUGUGCCCCCAUGCUUUGGUGCUUACAGCCUGAGUAGUGGGACGAAUAAGACGUCAAUCACACUCAAACAUGGUUGCCGCGAAGGUGGUUCCCAGUGCCCAGUGACUCCGGCACAGACCCGUCGUCCAUGACACGGUCGUCUUCGACCGUGCGUCUUCGACUGGUGGCCGGCCGACAGGUCAGGGAAAGGUCCGAAGCUAACUUGGAGAGGAGAGUUGGUGUGUGUGUGUGUCUUUUAAUGCCAUUUAGUUACACGUAUUUUGUCAUAGCGCAUCGUGGAC